AUGGCCGAUUUAACGUCUCAGCAGCUUGAAAGCUAUAAACAGAAAAAGAAUUGUGUGGUUGACGAGUUGACGACCAGCCUUGGUGUUCCGAUUGGCAGCAAGACAGCUUCGAUGACGGCUGGUCCUCGGGGUCCCCUGCUCGUUCAGGAUUUUGUUUUCCACGAUGAGAUGGCCCACUUCGAUCGUGAGAGGAUUCCUGAGAGGGUGGUGCACGCAAAAGGGACCGGUGCUCACGGCUACUUUGAAGUCACUCACGACAUCACCAAGUACUGCAAGGCAAAAGUUUUUGAGCACGUUGGAAAGAAGACACCUGUCUUCGUCAGGUUCUCCACUGUCGCGGGCGAGAUGGGGUCGGCAGACACCGUGCGUGAUUUGCGAGGGUUUGCCACGAAGUUUUACACCGAGGAAGGCAAUUGGGACAUAGUGGGCAAUAACAGCCCAAUCUUCUUCAUCAGAGAUCCCAUACUGUUUCCUAGUUUGAAUCAUAGCCAGAAAAGAAAUCCAAAGACGAACCUCAGGGACGCAGACAUGUUCUGGGACUUCAUCUCCCUGAGACCAGAGACAACCUACCAGGUGUGCAUACUCUUCAGUGACAAGGGCAUUCCAGAUGGCUACAGACACAUGGAUGGAUACGGAACGAACACCUUCAAGUUGGUGAACUGCCGGGGGGAGCCUGUCUACUGCAAAUUCAUUCACAGAACCAACCAAGGCAUACAGAAUUUAACAACGAGCCAGGCUGUGAAGUUGGCGGGAGAGGAUCCAGACUAUGCCACCAAGGAUCUCUACAAUGCUAUUGAACAAGGCUUGUACCCGUCCUGGACGACCAACAUUCAAGUUAUGACUUACCAACAAGCCGAAAAAACAUCAUUCAAUCCAUUUGACGUCACCAAGGAAUGGCCGGCAGAAGAGUUUCCAGAAAUGCCAUACGGGAGGAUCGUCCUCAAUAAGAAUCCACAAAAUCAUUUUGCAGAGGUGGAACAAGUGGCAUUCUCACCUGCACAUUUGGUGCCUGGCAUUGAGCCAAGUCCUGAUAAAAUGCUCCAUGGCCGCCUCUUCUCCUACUCCGACACACAUCGAUAUCGUCUGGGAACCAAUUACAACCAACUGCCAGUCAAUUGCCCCUACAGAGCACGAGUGAGCAACUACCAGAGGGAUGGUCCGCAGACCUUUUGCAACCAAGGUGACGCGCCGAACUACUUUCCCAACAGUUUUACUGGCCCGGACGUGCAGCCCAUCUACUUUGAGUCACGAUAUUGCACCACUGGUGAUGUGUCCAGAUACGAAACUCGCAAUGAUGAUAACUUCAGCCAAGCUACCACCUUCUGGGAAAAGGAAUUGAAAGCGGACGAAAGAGAGAGACUGGUGGAGAACAUCGCCAACCAUCUGAAGAACGCGAAGGAGUUCAUUCGCAGAAGGGCAGUGUACAACUUCGCCUCAGUUCACGAGGAGUUCGGUAGGAGACUUCAAGCCAAGCUUGAUCAACUUUGCGUUCCCGCCGUUGGGCUGAUCAAACUGGGUGGCAGAAGAGCAUGA